AUGGAGUUUGAGGACAGAAGAAAGGCUCAUUAAAAGACAGUAAAAUGGGAUGGCCUCGCCUCCUACAUCUUAAAUGGAAAUACUGAGUAUGAAUUAUUAGUAGACAAACUUAAUCAAUUCAAUGAUGAAACAAAGAUGCUAAAGAUGUUUAAGUCUCAAGUAUUAAUGACUUUCCAUAAAUUCUAGAAUAGUUUCAUAAUGAUGAUACGAAAUAAAAUAGUAAAUAAGCAAUUGUAAAACUACCACACUAGCUUGAUAAUUUAGCCAAUGAGAAUUGAAAGUAUUAAUAAGAUCAGUUGCAUGAGACAAAGUAAUUUAUUUCCCAAAAAAAUGGACCUAAGUUUCAAAAUUGAGAAAUACAAAGAGAGGAUUAUGCAGAACAGUACUCUUUUAAGAACUCUAAAUAAUGAAUCAGGUUUCCAACUAACAGGUAUUUCUAAUCCUACUUUUAGCUUCAAUCAGAGUAGAAACUCAGCAUAAAAAUUGCCUAUGAAUGACUAGAAGUAAAAUCAACUUAAUAUAACGCAGCAAACCUAAUUGCUCUCUCAGCGUGAAAUGAACAUUGAUACAAAAAAGAUAUUUUAGAAUUACAAGAGAAAUAAUUUGCAGUUUUAGAAAUCGCUUUAAGACACAUAUAAUAAUGGCUUUAAUCUCAGAGGUUCUAUAACAGAACGUGCAUAGAGCAUAAAUUAAUAAUAGCCACAGACUCCUACUUUCAAUAAAGGUUUGGAUACAAAUAUCCUCAAAAGACUAUAUAAUUAUGAUAGAUCUCCAAUUUAAGCCAAAUAAAAAAUGCUAAAAUAAAUUCAGCAAAAGAUUAAAUUAGUUUAACCUAAGAAAGAAAUAAUUGAAACAAAAGAAUCUAGUGAUUUUUCAAUCAACUAAAGUGACUAGGACUAAUAAAAUAACUAGUGA